GCGGAGAAGGAAGAGAAGGUGACGUUAUUUGAGUUCAGAAUCAAACUCAGGAACUACACCUAUGACCCUUUCUACAACAUCACAGGUCGAUACUUCAAGCCUUGGCUAUGGUACACAACUCGAAGCAGACAUGGUCGUACGCUGCUGCUCCUCUCCUUCCACUACGACGUUCUGUCCAUGAACAUCCUGACAAUCGGUGUCAAGCAACUGGAUGCGGAACUUAUUGAUAGUCCACAUGGAUGUUUCGGUCAGUUGCCCACUGAGCAGCAAGUGAAAAGAAUUCGGGCGCUACUUUUGAGCAGAAACAAUGUGGGUCAAAGCUCUUCCUAUGGGAAAUCUGCUAGAGAAGAGUUUGCUUGCAACCAGAUGAUCCAAGAAAAUGACGGUGACGCAGAUUUUGUCUAUGACUGCUGUUUCAAAGACAGCGCUGGUGAAUUGGUUUGUUCCACGAAAGGAGAGAAUUUUUGGAUUAACAUUCUGUACAUGGCAAUCACCAUUAUCAAGAUACUGAUGUUUCUGUUCUGCCCAAAGUUUGUGCCCGCCAGCGCUUACAGUGCUACGUACAUGGCAUCUGAGUACAUGGUCACGCUGAAGCAGAAGCUCAAAAUGAAGCUCUUCGUAUCCGAGAAGACAGAUACGAAUGUGAAGUUUAAACAUCGACUGACCCUAGAGGACAUCUCAGAAUGGUGGAGGUUUAGAGACGCCAUAGAGACGUUACCGACUGAUGAAGUGAUUCCUGUCGAGAUAACCGAGCUCAGAAUUAAGGUGAAAGGAAAGAGAAUCAUACCGGAGAACGACCCACCGACAGGUUUACUCAAAACCUUGUAUGACAACCUGAUGCGAUGUAAGAUCAAGAAUCUAGAAGCCUUUAACGAUUGUUGUGAGAGCAGUAUCUUCGCUAGCAUGGAGCCCAAAUUCCGGCGAAAGAUCACCUGGCAUGGACUCGUGAAGAUCCUAAUGAAGGGAUUCAUGUUGCUCCUCAUCCCAGUCCCCUACUACAUCAGACUCUUCAUUUAUUUCAAGUUCGAAGCGGAUGAAGUUAGCAAACGCCGCGAAGCUAUCAGGAGAAACGGACUCAGCGAAUCGUUCAACUUUGUGAAAACCAAUGUCAUCCAGUACUUCACCCCAACGCAUGGUGUUUUCAUAGCAUCAUAUGUCUUGUACUUCGUUUGCGCCGUCAUCAUCGCCUCUACCAGCAAAGCAUUCAGGAUUAAAUUAAAAGACGUGGCUCGAUCGGCUCUGGGUGAUAUGGACUUUGUUUCUCAAACGGGAGUUUUGGGAAUCAUUAUAAGGACUUUGUUGUACCCAUUUAAACGUUGUGGUCUUCUGGGACUUAUCAUAGGACCUGUAUAUUUCCUUUUAGCGCUGCCUCUUUGCAUGCUUGUGUUCACUAUUUAUUGUAUUCCCACCGUUUACAUGACCUUCAGACUGCCGUACUACGCUCGAAAAAUUAUGGGAACCACUGCGACCAUGGCUGAAGCUGAUAAACAAGAAAAGCUACGCAAGAUGAAAAAGCUGGGUCGGAAAAUUUCCAAAAUUGAUAAAUUUGCUCAUAGUGGUGGAGUUCAACGUAAAGGGCACAAGUUCAUCCCAGACGAUCUAACUUUCCAGGGAUGUCAGACGAUACAGAACGUUGCCAUCCAGAUCUUCUGCAGCAUCUUCUUUCUGUGUAUAUUGUACUCGGUUGCGCUGAUCAUCGCGGAGUCUAUAGGAUUAUUUGUGGAGGUCAUCUGCUUCACCAUGAUGGGUAUAAUCGUGAACGCCGCGUCAGUCCUCAAAUACCUCUCCAUGAUCCUGCUGGUCUUCGUGUAUAUGAACGACUGCUACAGCAACGUCUACGAAAACUACCUCACAUUCAACAAGACCAUCAUUGACGACAUCAUUGAGAGGACCACGGCGGAUCUGCGGAAGAUUGCCAGCAUGCCGUCGAGCCAGCAAACCAAUACAGCAUUCCACGUGAAGUGCGUGGAUGAAGAGAAAGAAGUAACCCCUUCUUUAAACUUUGAAAAGAAAGAACCCCGCUGGAAACUAGGUCAACUUCUCCUAUUUUUAGAUUCUUACGACACGCCGAGAAUACCUCUGAGGUUGUUUCAGAGGCUUUGUCAGGUUCGUGUUCACGGUGCUCCAGGUCCUGUGUAUCUCAACCUCCUGGCUGCCACGGGGAAGUUCAUGAUCAUUGUGGUCUUCCUCAUGUUUGUGAUGCUCGUGGUACUGGCAUUUGGAAAUAUUUAUGAGAUGUCGAACACAAACACAACACUGGCUACUUUAGCUGGCGGGUUUGUACCCAUGUUGCUGAAGAACGUCUUGUCCUCCAAGGGAGCUAAGCUCAGCCUGAAGACUGUCAGUUUCAAAGGCCAGAUAGAUGAAAUCAUUGGAGACUACAGGCAGUACUGGCCCCUGACAGAUUUCGUUUUCCAGCAAUAUGUUCCGGGAGAAGACGGUGAAGAGGAUGAAGAAAACAAAGAAUUUCCUAGUAAAUCCAAUGAGAAUGAUAAACACGGGGAAUCUGGGGAUGCAAAACGUAAAAAGUCUAUUGCAGUAAAAGCUCUGGAAAGCACCAAACCCAAAGAAGGAGCAGCUGAAGAGAACAAGAAGAAGCAUACAGAGGGUAUUCAUUUCAGUGAUGAAAUCGAUGAUUCUCAACGGAAAGAUGAUAAGAAAAACGGGUUGCUUCGGACCCCGUCGAAACUGACCAAAGAAUUACUAGAAGAUGAUGAUACGGUAGAUCUUUUCAUAGACUUAAGCGUGGCGGACACAGCAGGGUGGUCUAUUUAUGGAUCAUCCGAGAGUCUGCCUUCCGAGGCCAUGAUGCCAGGUUACUUUGAUCCUAAUAAAAUUAACGAAGAGUACGAAGACAAUGUUACAACCCGACAACCUGUUGCGGGGGAACCUCCAGAAUAUAGUAUGUCUGUCAGUUAUCAUCCAAAGUCCUCUGCGUAA